UUUUGCUUUGUUGCUUUCUUCAGAGUGAGCAACGAUGGGUCUCAAGCGACGCAGCCACGAGGAGGAGGCGGUCGGAGCAUCAGCAACGCCGUCCACAGCCACAACGACCGCAGCCGCCGCCGCUCUUCCGACUACACGCACAAGCUCAAGCACCGCGCAGGCCACGAGCAGCAGUCGCAGCAGUGGUGGCGCUGGACCAGCAGCUGCAGCGCACGCAUCCAAGAAGGCGCGCUUGGACGACGCUCCCGCUCAAGGUGCUCAAGGUGCCCCAGCAGCGACGCCAGCCUCGUCGUCGUCGUCGUCAGUGGUCACGAAAACACCAGCUGCAUCCGCUGGCAAGAGCGUGGUGGCGGACGCUGCUGCUGCCUCGACUCCUGCUGCUGCUGCUGCUGCUCCAGCGAGCACCAAGCGCCGACCUUGGGAACAUGUGGACUCUGCAGCCACCAAGUCACAGCCAACGCCGGUCACUGCGAGCGCUGCAGAUGCUGAGGGAGUCGUCGUUCCUAUGACGAUCGACGCUACUGCUGGGGCUGCUGCUGCGAGUCCAGCGGCAGCGCCAACAACGCAGACUGCACCAGCGCGCGGCCGCAAGCCAGCUCGGCCGUGGGAGAAGGCUGCCGCGACCGCCGCCGUGCCUGAGAGUACCCCCACAGCCGAUACGACUCUGGCUGCUACUGUCGAGACAGCAGCCGCGAGUGGCAGUGCCACCCCGACACGCAAAAACCGCCCUUGGGACAAGUCGACUCCCAAAUCACAGCCACCACCACUCUCUGCCCCUGCAGUACAGGCCCCUGCUCCAGAUGAGCCGCGGAUUGUGCCUUCGAUGCAGGCCAUUGUGAAUGCUCGUGUGUCGCAUAAAACCAUGCUGGUCGCCGCCGCCGCUGUCGCCAACUAUGCGAAUUCUCCGGGCCUCUUGCCAACCCCAACAGAGGCCAGUCUUGUCACAAGCGUUGCUCAGGUCGUGAGGAAGCGGGCAGCAGCAGCAGCAGUUGUUGCUGCCGCGGCAUCGGCGGCGUCUGCAUUGGCAUCAACGGCGUCCCCGUCCUCGUCUGCAUCGUCAAAGCGAGCGUCGACCAAGAUCAACACACCCGAAAUCGAAUCCACCGCUGCCCCCAAGUCGUCCAAAUCCUCCCCUCGCUCCAAGCAAGCGCGCGAUGCAACCAAAUCAUCAGCACCAUCCAGCAACGGCGACUCUUCGCCUUCGACGACGACUCCUGCUGCUGCUACUGCUGCUACUGAUUCCGGCGCCACUCGCGGACUCUCCACCUUCAACCUCCCGAUGAACGCCACUCCAGCGCAACUCUUGCACGUGCAUCACAAUUCUCGAUUGAAGCCUGCUCCAGACAGUGCCGAGCUGCUGCCCGAUCGACUGAAUGCAGAGGACCGAGCACAGUACUUGAAGGAAGGUCGCCUCGAGCUUGGCAAGUGGCACCAGGAGCACGACCAACAGGUGCUCGCCAACAUUGACGCAUACCUGGCCAGCAACUCUUCGGUAACGCUGACGUCCAUCCUCAUGGACGCCGAUGCGCGCGCAGAGCAUUACGGACCACUUUUCCGUGCUGCCGCGCGUGGCACCAAGCGCUGCAUCGGCACAGUGCGUGAUCGCGUCUUCCGAUUGCUGGCGCGUAACAGCGACACUUUCAAAAAGCCCUUUAGUCCAGCAGACGACCAGCGCUUGCGCGAUCUUGUCGAUCAGCACGGUCGAAACUUCGCUCACAUUGGCCUGCUGAUGGGUCGUGCUACGCAUGCCGUGAGUGAUCGCUAUCGCCUCGUCCAGCAAGACACGCGCCAGGGUGUCUGGACGGAACCCGAGGAGCAUCGAUUGGUGGAUGCUGUGCGCGCCUUGCACCCCGAGAUUCUCGAAGGCCAAGGCGGCGUGACGGCGCUCACCGUGGGAUCUGCCGUGUUCACGGGCGGUACACGGUCGUGGAAUGAAAUUGCCAAGCUUGUGCACACUCGCAACACGCGCCAAUGCCGUGAAAAGUGGAAUGAUUGGGUUUCCACGAACGAAAUUAUCGACCGCGUAAAGGCCGGUGCUGCCCGAAUUUUCACCACUGCCGGUCUCAACAAGUCUGAAGACGAGCGUUUGCUGGAUGCCCUGCUGCAGCAGCCAGGUGAAAUUGUUGCCAAGGUCGACUGGCGCCAGCUUGCCACCAAAGGCUUCACACUGAGUGGCCAAGCUCUGCGCGUCCGCUUUUUGGCGUUCGUGCAGCGUGCUACGGCCUUGGGUUUGCCGCCAACGGACAAGAUCAAACCAGUGAUUGAGUUUGUCAAGAAGCAUAACAUGCUGGCCAUCAAGCGCAGCGCCACCAAAUACAAGUCAGACACGUUUGUCGACAGCUCGGACGACAGCGAUGCGGACAGCGGGAACGAGGCCGACUCUGACAGCAGUGACGGCGAGGACGAGCCCGAAGCGUCGUCGUCGUCGUCGUCGUCCGCUGCCACGGCCAUGGACACUGCGCCACUUGCUACGAAGGCGACCAAAACGAACGGCAAGGCCAGCAAAUCGGCCGCCACGCCAAUGCAAGUGGAAACUGCAAACAAGAAGCUGCCGGUGCAGUCCGAUUCGUCUCUUUCAUCGUCGUCGUCAUCCUCUUCGUCUUCGUCUUCUUCGUCGGAGUCCGAGGCAGAAGAGGCGCCCAAAGCUCGAGCGAACGGAAAGCAAGCGGCGGUCGUAACCAAUAAGCCUGUUUUGUCAUCGGCGUCCUCAGACACGUCCUCUGCAUCUUCUUCUUCUUCUUCCUCCUCCUCUUCCUCUUCCUCUUCUUCUGAUUCUGACAGCGACGAGCCAGCCCGAACAGCGGCAUCUAAAAAGCCUGCUGGCAAACAGCCCCCGAGCAAAAAAGCAGCCUCUUCUUCCUCCUCCUCCGCUUCCUCUUCCUCGUCAUCCUCCUCCUCCUCCUCCUCCUCUUCUUCUUCUUCGUCAGACUCGGAUUCGGACGACGACCGCCCGGUGCGCCGAAAACGCGGUCCGUCUCAAAUGAUGAAAGAGUUGCAGCAGCGAGCGAAAACGCAGGCGAAGCGGGUUGCUUCCGAGGACGAAGGCAGUGAGCCCGAGUUUGAGCAAGCUACCGCGAGCAAGGCCAAGGCCCCUCUUUCGAAGCCAGGGAAGAAACCAAAGGCCAAGAGCAAGUAGUUGCCUCAAAUCAUGUUCUGGAAAAGGAUGAUGUUCUCUUUGAUGUCAGUUUUUAACUUCCACAAACGAUUCAUUCAUAAACCAACCAACCAACAAGAACACAAAGAGGUGAACCAAAGUACAGAGAUGUGAAACAAAG